CCGAGUCUCAGUGCUUUGCAGGAUCAUUUCUUCUCAGUGUCCAAGCCAGCAAAGAAGCAACUCAUCAAGAUGAGUCUCGGAGGUGUUUCAGAGGCAAGCCGUGCCACACCAGAAAUCCAGAAGAUUGCUGACAAGGUCAGACCUCAGCUUGAAGCAAAAACCAAUAAGAAAUAUGAAAAAUUCGAAGCCGUUGAGUAUAAAACUCAAGCCGUCGCUGGAGAAAAUAUCUUCAUUAAGAUGGAUGUAGGUCAUGGUUGUUUCAUUCACAUAAAAGUCUUCAAUGGACCUACUGGAAAAGAUAAUUAUGAACUUCAUGGUUACCAGACUGACAAAACCAAGGAUGAUGAGCUGACCUACUUCUAAGCAGCAAAUUCUAAAGUGACCUGAUUCCUCUCAGUGGAAAGAGAUUCAGCCAUGAAUAAAGAAAUAUUCCUCAACUAA